AAACUUUACUUUUGUUCCUUGCACUUGCUUGGUAGAGAAGAAGGAGAAUAUGGAGGAAGCGGCGAAGAGCAUAGCACACCAAAUCGGAGGAAUCCAAAACGAUGCACUUCGAUUCGGACUUCAAGGGGUCAAAAGCGACAUCGUUGGUUCUCACCCUCUUCAAUCUGCUCAGGAAUCUGCAAGCAAGAUAAAUGAAGUGAUGAAGAGGCAGUGUAUGGUCAAUUUGUAUGGAGCUGCUUUUCCACUCAAGAUGGACCUUGACAGACAAAUUCUUUCUCGAUUCCAAAGGCCUUCAGGAGCAAUUCCUUCUUCAAUGCUGGGUUUGGAGGCUUUUACAGGAAGUCUUGAUGACUUUGGCUUUGAAGAUUAUUUAAGUGACCCUCGUGAAUCGGAGACUAUACGGCCAUUGGACAUGCAUCAUGGGAUGGAAGUUCGCCUUGGUCUAUCUAAAGGGCCAGUCUGCCCAAGUUUUAUGUAAUUGAAGCAUAUCCAUAUUAGUUAUAAGGAAGUGGCUGGACGAACUUGCGUAAUGUUAUCCAUCUCAUGGUCAAUAUAAACAAUGCAUGUUGUUGUUGCAAUUUGCAAAUAAAACAGAUUUUUAUGAGGUUUGUAACACUUAUGCAUUUGACUUGAGAUUUGAGAAUCUGCUGCGACUUUCCGCCUUUGUUUUUAAGAACUGACAAAUUAAUUAUAACGGUAUGCAGUGUAUUAUUGAAAAGGAAUUUGCUGUUA